UAUAAAAUUAUUCCAUGUAAUACAAAGUACUACUUGUGUUAUUAGCAACUGCAUGUUGCUUCAAUUAUCUUCCUGAAGUAGAAAUUGAUUUGAGUGCACCUCCAAGAUAAAGAUGGAAAGAGUCAGUCAGAACAGUUCUGACUUUAUAUGGAUAUGAAAAUUCAUUUGGCCCAGUUUUCUAAUUUCAUAAUGAAAAUACCUUCAGCAUUUUGGCUCCUGAAGAUUAUAUUACAAUGGCAAAUGCAAUAAGAAAGAAUUUCCCAGAAUACUCAUUGGAAUUAGAAGGAAUUGUUGAAGAAUUCAAUAGACCAGAAGUUACUUUCGAGUAUUUGGCUGCAUGGGCAUACUUCCAUGAAAUCGGACACAUAACAAGCGGUACUACUGAAUGCACAGGAGUUCUAUUAUCAAUUGGAGAUCAAGUAAUUCAUGGAAGAAAUAUGGAUUAAUAUCCAGGUUAAGCAAGAAAUAUCGUAUUACACUUGACAGUUAAGAAAGAUGGAAAAUAUUUAGGAGAAUCUGUUGAUUGGUAUUGGUUCAAAGUCGGAUUUGUUACAUUGUUGAAAUAUAAUGUCGCAUCUCUUGAGGAGAAUUGGAGGUUUGGCGACCCAUUAAGCAAAGAUCAACUUUUGACUUUCAUUAAAUAAGGAGUACCCUCAUUAGCAUGGGCAUAUAGAGAAGUGUUAGUAAAUGAAAAACUGAACACCUUUGAUAAGGUUGUAUCAUAUCUUGAAUAAAACAGAGUGGCAUGUGCACUUUACAAUGUCAUUGGAGGAACAGGAAAGGAUCAAGGAGUGAUCAUUUCAAGAGAUCCAUUUGAAACAUAUCCAACUAUAUCUUUGAGUAGUGUAACUUAAAGUUCGAAUGGUUACAAGUACUUGGUUUAGACAAAUUAUGAUCAUUGGGAACCAGACCCUGAAGAAGAUCAAAGAAGAACCAUUGGAGAAAAUUUGCUGGCCAAAAUGCAAAAUAAUCUGUUAAAUGAAUUUGGUGUGUAUGCUGUUAUGGACACUUAUCCUAUCCACAACGAAGGAACAUUCUAUACAGUUAUCAUGAAUGCCAAAUACAACAGAUUGAUAGCAUUUGGAUAACCAAGUAUCACAUUAUUUGAUGAUGAAUGAUAUAAUAAUAUAAAGAU